GCGGGCCACUACUGGGAUUGAGAGAGAGAGAGGAUGCUUCCCACUGUUCCAGAGCUCACUGUGUAUUUUACCCAGGCAGCACAGCGUGCCAGGCAGCAGCAGCAGCAGCAGCGAGGAGACCUCCCCCCUAGCCGGCCAGCGCAGGGUUAACGUCUGCUCCAUAAACUCCCGCUAAAGAAUCCCCUCGCAGCCACUGGUGAGGGCUUUAAAUACAGAUUUGACAGGGUCGCGUUUUUACUCACAGGCACCACGAAAUCGGCCAAUCGUACCCAAAGCUGAUCUCCUGCCCCUCCGCACGGUACUUUUUGAACACGUUGCUGGCGCCCGCGGAAAAGAUGAUCGCUCAGAGAGCGCUGCUCUUCUCCUUUAUAUGCGCGUCCUGUGCUCUGUGCUCGACGGCGAGACAGUUCAGCCGCGACUCACAACACAGACCAGUGAUUGCCAACCUGCAGGACUCACUCACUGAUGAAGUCCACACGGAGUCUAAGAAGGCAAAGAGAGAGGUGGCGCUCAGCGCAGGCUACGAUGCGGACGCGGGUUCGCCACCGGCCGACACCCCUGAUGAUUCUGACGACAGCCUGGAUACAGCAGAGGGAAGUGAGCUGCCCACCUGCCUGCUGUGUGUGUGUCUGACGGGCUCCGUGUACUGUGAGGAAGUGGUGCCUGACAUGACAGCAGUGCCACCUCUGCCCAAAGAGACCGCCUACCUUUAUGCUCGCUACAACAAAAUCAAGAAGAUUAAGGCCAAAGAUUUUGCAGACGUCGUCACUUUGAAAAGGAUUGACCUGACAGGAAACAUCAUUUCGGAGAUUGAAGAUGGUGCCUUCUUAAAGCUAACACUGCUGGAAGAACUCACGCUUGCAGAGAACAAUCUAGUCAAACUCCCAAUGCUACCAGCCAAACUGAGAUCCUUCAACGCUAAUCACAACCAGCUCAGAACCUCUGGAGUAAAGGCUAACAUUUUCCAGAAACUCACCCAACUGACAUACCUCUAUCUUGCCAACAAUGAGCUGGAGGCAGUCCCACCCCUUCCAGAGUCUCUGCGCACUGUCCAUCUACAGAACAACAACAUCGCCGCAGUUAGUGAUGAAACCUUCUGCAAGGGCAACAAUACCUACUACAUCCGCCCCAACAUUAAUGAGAUCCGAAUGGAGGGGAAUCCAGUCAUCCUGGGCAAGUAUCCCAACAGCUUCACAUGCCUGUCCUCACUGCCUAUUGGACAAUACUCCUGAAACAGCUCAGUAGAGAUGACCAGGUGGGAAAAAAGAAACCAUAAGCAAAUUCUCACAGCAAGUUU